ACUGCGACCGUUUGCGGUCCCACACAAGAGAGAUCCACUUCGACGUCCUGCCACCACCGUCUCCGACAGCCCAUCUGUCUAUUCUAUUAUUCUUAUCUCGGAAUCUUCACUCAAUUCCACAAAUGGGACAGGCCAAUUCAGUGGUCUCCAGUGCCGUCGAUUCGGCGAUAUCUGAAUUCAAGGAGAACAUUCUCAAGUGGGCGACCCCGCGUACCACUCGAUUCGUGCCUACCGAACAAGAUGUCCUAGCCGUUGAGGGUUACCUCCUCCCAUAUUUGCCUAUAGAGGUGAUCAAUAUCAUACUGGACGAGGCAGAGUACUGGCCGCACCUCAUCUGCUCUCGAGAAUCCGAUCCACCACGGCGUGUUAUUGCUUCAGCAUCCCCCGACCAUAACAUGUCCGUAUGCUACCUAAUAUCCCCAAAAAUCUCAGAGUACUGCUUGACCCGAAGGACCAAGCUAAAAGUACGACGGAUAGUGUUCCACACACUGAGCCACGACCAGGGAUGGGGCGGGGAUGCUGGUUUAACAGGACUCUACGAAGGAUCGUAUACUUGGUUCGAAGCGGCCAUCUUCCGAAAUCUGGAAGGCAACGAUGACAGCGACCCAGAUGAAAUUGCACGCUCGGUUCAGUCGCUAGAGAAUCGAGGAUCGGACUUCAGUCGGCCCUUUCAAGUUUCCAAUCCGGACACUGGAAAGAAGGUCUGGCUUUUACAGAAGAACGUCCGGGCAUCCCACGAUGAAGUCAUGCACGAAAUCGUAUGGGAUGGCAAGGAUGUCCCUCGUGAGGCAGACGGCCUCACAUCCGAAGAGGAAGCAACAUCGGAGAAGGGGUCAGGGCUGGGAUAUGGCUUCGUUAGACAGCUUCAAGCUGGAGAUCAUAUCGCCAUAUUUGCCAGGGCUCAGUAUCCUGGUUGGACGAACCAUGUCGUUGGGGUCGACAUGCAGAUCUUCUACAGCAUGUAAUCUGAGCGGCCGAAGGGCUUUCUGCCAGUACUUUACGAUUUGAAACCCCUUUCGAAUGGACAGUAUAGGUGUAGCGA